CAGAGCCGACCACUCGUUCCCACGUCUCCCUCGGCACCAGACGAGAGCCAGAAGUCGCCGCGGAACAACGGAGAGAAGGUGUUUCGGAGGCGUCACCAUGGCGACCGGGUCAGCACUGGUUCUGUUGGUCCUGCUGACCUCCUGGACUCUGGGCCUGCCGGUGGAGCCGGGUCAGAAGGCGCUGCGGCGGGCCAAGCGCGGCUGGGUCUGGAACCAAUUCUUUGUUCUGGAGGAGUACACGGGUCUGGACCCGCUCUACAUCGGCAAGCUUCACUCGGACACGGACCGGGGCGACGGCGCCAUCCGCUACAUCCUGACAGGAGAGGGCGCCGGCUCCACCUUCACCAUCGACGACAGCACCGGGGACAUCCACGCCAUACGGAGGCUGGACCGCGAGCUCAAGUCCCAGUACCUGCUGCGCGCCCAGGCCCGCGACCGCCGGACCGGCCGGCCGCUGGAGCCGGAGUCCCAGUUCCUCGUCAAGAUCCAGGACAUCAACGACAACGAGCCCAAGUUCCUGGACGGGCCGUACCAGGCCUCCGUCCCAGAGAUGUCCCAGGUCGGCACCUCGGUGAUCCAGGUGACGGCCAGCGACGCCGACGACCCCAGCUACGGCAGCAGCGCCCGCCUGCUCUACAGCCUCCUGGAGGGCCAGCCCUACUUCUCCGUGGACCCCGACAACGGCGUGGUGCGAGUCUCUCUGGCCGACAUGGACCGCGAGACACGAGAGAACUACACCGUCAUCAUCCAGGCCAAAGACAUGGGCGGCCAGCAGGGGGGGCUCGCCGGCACCACCACCGUCAACAUCGCGCUCAGCGACGUCAACGACAACCCGCCGGUGUUCGACCACAGGUUGUACCAGAUGAGCGUCCCCGAGUCGGCGACCGCGGGCGCCGUGGUGGGUCGGAUCUGGGCCAGGGACCGGGACGUGGGCGUCAACAGUCACAUGACCUACAGCGUCAUCGACGGCGACGGCCGAGACACCUUCGACAUCAGCACCGACCCGACCCACAUGUUCGGAGUCAUCACCGUGAAGAAGCGUCUGGACUUUGAGAAGAAGCAGAGCUUCACGCUGAAGAUAGAGGGCGCCAACACCUUCGAGGACCCGGCGUUCCGCCAGCGGGGGCCUUUCAAAGACGUCACCAUCGUGCACGUGAGCGUGGAGGACGUGGACGAGCCGCCCACCUUCGACCUGACGUCCUACGUGCUGGAGCUGCGGGAGGACGCCGAGGUCGGCACGCGGCUGCGGACGCUGAGCGCGCGAGACCCGGAUGGCGCCAACAACUCGAUCAGCUUCUCCAUCCUGAGCUCCAGCGACCCCGACAGGUUUUUCCACGUGGACCUCCUCUCCGGCGCUCUGAUGGCGGUGCGGCCACUAGACCGCGAGACGCGCGGCUGGCACAACAUCACCGUCCUCGCCACCGAGACCAACAAUCCCUCGCAGGUCUCCAGCGCGUCGGUGGCCGUGAAGGUUCUGGACGUCAACGACAACCCUCCGACUCUGCCGGACUUCCUGGAGGCCUUCAUGUGCGAGAGCACCAAAGCAGGACAGCGGGUCCAGACCGUGGCGGCGGAGGAUCUGGACGAGCCACAGGAGGGACCCCGGUUCCACUACAGUCUGGCUCCAGAGGUGGUCAACAACCCCAACUUCACGCUGAGAGACAACCAAGACAACACGGCCUGGCUUGUGACCCGGCGCGGCGGCUGGUCGCAGCGGGACCUCACCGUCUUCCACUUGCCCAUCGUGAUCUCCGACGUCCAGCCGCCGGCUCACACCAGCACCGGCACGCUGACGGUGCGUGUCUGCAGCUGCGAUCACCAUGGCAACGUCAUGAGCUGCGCGCCCGAGGCCUACAGCCUCCCAGCUAGCCUGAGCAGAGGCGCGCUGAUCGCCAUCCUGGCCUGCAUCCUUGUGCUGCUAGUGAUGCUCCUGCUGAUGCUGUCGCUGCGGACUCAUCGCAAGAAGCCGUACCUGUGUGACCAGGAAGAAAAUGUUCACGAAAACAUCGUACGUUACGAUGACGAAGGCGGCGGGGAGGAGGACACGGAGGCCUUCGACAUCGCCGCCAUGUGGAACCCGCGCGAAGUGCACCCCCACACCAAGCUGAGGAAGGACAUGAUGCCGGAGAUUGAGAGCCUGUCGCGGUACGUGCCGCAGCCGUGCAUGUCUGCCGGCGACGGCAACGUGCAGGGAUACGUUCUGGCCAAACUCCUGGAGGCCGACUUUGACCCGUCCGCAGCGCCGUACGACUCCCUGCAGACGUACGCAUACGAGGGCGAAGGCUCCGUGGCCGAGUCGCUCAGCUCCCUGCAGUCAGGUACGUCCAACAACGACCACGAGUACGACUAUCUGAACGAGUGGGGGCCUCGCUUCAGGAAACUGGCCGAGAUGUACGGCGUGCUGGAGACAAACGAUCCUCCGGUGUGGUAGGAUUGUGGCGUGUGGCGCUCCCAGGAAGCCGGAGAGGUCGCCGCCAUCACUUCCUGUCUGAGCUACUGGGGGGGUCCUCGAUGCCACAGCCAGGACUCCUUUUGAUAAUCGCAAACAAGUUGGCAGCUUCUCUGUGGUACGACUGUCAGCAGGUGGCGCCGUCGCCUUCUGCACAGACCGCUCCGUUUUCUUUUCCGCGUGUCGUAUUUAUACAUUUUUAACUUAUUUGUACCAUUUUGACACAACAGUCCUCCGUUUGUACUUAGCAAUUAGCUGUUAGCCACGAGCGCUCAGCGGGAAGAGAAUGAGGUCGAGGGCGACUUUUGUACGUCAACUUUUACACUCGACUGUUUUGGGAUAAAAAAAAACAAUGACAUUUCCAAGAUCGGCACUUCUUCUGCAACCAGAUGGACGAUUUUCUGCCACCGUGCCAUGUCGUGUCACCGCGCCCCCUGGUGGCGACAGGUGGAACAAAAGACGGCCCGCUGCAGUCUUCACACCUCCAGU